GCAGGUCAGAGGUCGUCUUGCCUGUGACAUCACGCAGUGUGACAUCACGCGGCCGACAGGAAGUGGUCAUCAUGGCGGGCGGCGCCGUGGCGUCCAUCAAAGCUCUGUGGGAGACGAGGAUCACGAGGAUCAGCCGCGAGGAAGAGGACCAGAGGAAGAGGAGGAGGGGGGGCGGGGCCAGCGGCAGACUGAGUGUAGGUGUAUGGGAGGACCGUGCGGUUCUGGCCCGGCUGAAGCAGAAGCUGCAGACAGAAGACGGACGACUGAUCCUCCGGAUCCACCAGGAGGACUGGAAGUCUCUGCCGUGCUGCCUGGUCCGGCUCAGUCAGGUCCAGGAGUGGCAGAUCCAUCGGACCGGCCUGCUGAACAUCCCUCCCUUCAUCUCCAGCUUCCAGAACCUUCUAGUUCUGGAUCUGUCCCGCAACAGCAUCACAGAGAUCCCCAAACAGAUUGGGCAGCUGACCCGGCUCCGAGAACUGCUGCUCAGCUACAACAGAGUCCAGUUUGUCCCUGAGGAGCUGAGCGGAUGUGAGAGUCUGGAGAGACUGGACCUGGCCAUGAACCGGGUACUGGACUCGCUGCCGGACCAGCUGACCCGGCUGACCCGGCUGCAGAACCUGGACCUGUCCAUGAACGGGUUCUGCUGCGUGCCGGCCUGCGUGGUUGGGAUGCCGGCGCUGCAGUGGCUCGACCUGGGAGGCAACCGUCUGCAGAACCUGCCGGAAGACAUCCACAGGUGGGAGGAGCUACGGGCCAAGCCCCGCCCCCUCGCAGGGGUUAACAAUCAGAUCGAUUAA